UUAUUUCCAUGCUCUAGUAGGGCUCCAGGGGGAAGUCAAGAGUGACAUUCGAUCACGGCCAAGAUUUGGUACCGCCAAUUGAUCGUUAGGAAGCAUGAGUAGCAUCGGAACAGGUUAUGAUCUCUCAGUCACGACUUUCUCGCCCGAUGGCCGAGUUUUCCAGAUCGAGUAUGCAGCCAAAGCUGUCGACAACAGCGGAACUGUGAUUGGUAUCAAAUGCAAGGACGGAAUUGUGAUGGGGGUCGAGAAACUUAUUCCGUCCAAGAUGAUGCUGGCGGGUUCCAAUCGAAGAAUACACUCUGUUCAUCGCCACUCGGGCAUGGCGGUGGCAGGAUUAGCAGCUGAUGGGAGGCAAAUUGUUGCCAGGGCUAAGUCAGAAGCUACUAAUUAUGAAAGUGUUUAUGGUGAACAAAUUCCUGUCAAGGAACUUGCUGAUCGGGUGGCUAGCUAUGUGCACCUUUGUACACUAUAUUGGUGGCUCAGACCUUUUGGAUGUGGUGUCAUACUAGGAGGUUAUGACAGAGAUGGACCACAAUUGUACAUGGUUGAACCAUCCGGUGUUUCCUAUAGGUAUUUUGGUGCAGCAAUUGGGAAGGGCAGGCAGGCUGCUAAAACAGAGAUUGAGAAGUUGAAGCUUUCUGACAUGAGUUGCCGCCAGGGAGUUAUUGAGGUAGCCAAGAUUAUUUACGGAGUUCAUGAUGAGGCCAAGGAUAAAGACUUUGAACUUGAAAUGAGCUGGGUGUGUGAUGAAUCAAACCGCCAACAUGUGAAGGUGCCGGAUGAACUUUUGGAACAAGCGAAGGCAGCAGCCAAGGCAGCUCUUGAAGAGAUGGAUGCAGAUUAGCCGUCAACAAUUUUUUUAUAUUCUGGGUUUGUAUUGCAUGUUCUGUGAUCGAGCAUUUGGAACAUUAAUACUUAAUAGGCUCUUCGUCCUCGGAUGGUUUCAUCUCCCUGGAGAUAAAUGCUAUGAAGUGUGGAGUGGAUUCUCUUCCUAAUGUAACAUCAAGUGAUUUACUUCCAUUUAA